GUCAAGACUAAAACUAUUGUGGUCUGAAGUGGAAAUUCAGAAGUAUUACUUACCAAAAGGGGUCGUCCUAAAACCCUAGAUCUAUCGCAAAAGUUGCAGGUUACUCGCAAUCAAUAAUGGCUGCCAACAACAAUAUGCCGACCGCAUUAGACAAAGAACAGAUCUUUGGAAUGGCUGAGAAGGAGAUGGAAUACAGGGUUGAGUUGUUUAACAAGCUAACCCAAACAUGUUUUGCAAAAUGUGUCGAGAAAAGGUACAAAGAAUCCGAGUUAAACAUGGGUGAAAACAGUUGCAUUGAUCGUUGUGUUUCAAAAUAUUGGCAGGUCACAAAUCUUGUAGGCCAACUACUUGGUUCUGGCAGACCACCCAUGUGAAUCUUCCACCUCGUUGUUCAACAAUAAUACCUGAUGAUUUGUUAUGCGAGUAUGCCUGGCCUAGAAAGUUAGUGACCACAUUUUAGUUUAUUUUGGCAAAUUAUGAUUGAUAAAUCAUAUAGUUUCGUUGUACCGCCUAUAUGGAACAAAUUUUGGGUCCCUCUCAACUAUUUCUUGGAAUGAUUUUGUGCGAAAUUUGUUAAAAACUGUUAUGCAACAAAGCUUUUUAGAAACAA